AUGGCGUUCAUUAAGGAGGAGAGCGAAGACAUUAAAAUUGAAGAGGCAUUUAAAGUGAAACAAGAAGAUGCUGAGGAACAAACAGAGAAGCCUUACACAUGCCAGCAGUGUGGAAAGAGUUUUACACAUAGAGGAACCCUUAAUGCUCAUAUGAGAACUCAUCCUGGAAAAAACCCUUUCAAUUGCACAGUCUGUGGAAAGAGCUUUUCACGAAAAGAGAGUCUUAAGACUCACAUGAGAAUUCACACUGGAGAGAGGCCGUUCGUAUGUGGUCAGUGUGGAAAGAGUUUCAGAUGUAAAAUAAGCCUUAAUUACCACAUGAGGAUUCACUCAAGAGAGAACAAUUUUAAAUGUUAUCAGUGUGGAAUGAGUUUUACAGACAGGAAUCACCUUAAGAAUCAUGUAAUAACUCACACCGGAGAGAAGCCUUACAUGUGCCAUCACUGUGGAAAGAAUUGCUCAAACAAAACAAGCCUUGAGGUUCACACAAGGGUUCACACUGGAGAGAGGCCUUUCACCUGCCCUCAGUGUGAGAAGAGUUUCACAGUUAAAGGAAACCUUCAGACUCACAUAAGGGUUCACACUGGAGAGAAACCUUUCACGUGUCAUCAGUGUGAAAAGAGAUUCACAUAUCAAAAGGACCUGAAACGUCAUAUGCAAUCUCAUUCUGGGAAGAAACUGCAGAGUUCUGAGUGUGAAAAGAGAUUUAAAAAAUUGAGCAAUUUAAAAAAUUAUCUGCACAUUCACUCUGGAGGAAGGCAAUUUAAGUGCGAUCUGUGUAAUAAGAACUUUCUUUUGCCAUCACACUUAAAGAUACAUAUGAAAAGUCACGCAUUUGUGAGACCUUAUUUUUGUUCUUUGUGUGGAAAGGGUUUUAAAUGGCUCGGCAGUUUGAAAUGGCACCAGAAGAUAUGCAUCUGUGCAAAAUUAAUUUUGAUUGUAUAGAGGCAUUGUUUACAAUUUUGAUUCACUUAAAUACCUCCGAAGAAAAAUACUAGACGAUUUUGCUACAAAAUGCCACAAUGUAAAUUAAAAUUUUUAAUAAAAGGC